AUGAGACUCACUAGCACCCUUCUCAUCGUCUGCAAUGCCCUCCUCGGAGCAGCCCAGAUCAUGGGCACUCCAUCCUACGAAUUCCUUUACACAGUCAACGUAACACUGGGGGAGUACUGGGAAAUCGGCAACUACAGCCAAGGUGACCGUGUCGUGAUUCCCAUCACGGGCGGGACCUUCACAGGUCCUCGUCUUUCCGGAACGGUGUCCAAUCUCGGCGCCGAUUGGGGUCUGACGGAUACCAAGGGGGUCUUCUUUCCGGACACGCGAUAUAACCUGAGGACGCACGAUGGUGUUGAUAUUUAUAUUCAAACUUCUGGACCUACGCAGCCGGAUGGACGAACGCUGCUUAGGGGUGUGUUUCAGGUGGGACAUCCGGAUUAUGAGUGGUUGAACUAUGUCCUUGCUGUUGGAGUCUUGCAGAGGCCGCCUGCUGAGUCUAACGGCAAAUAUGUCGUUAUUGAUAUGUGGCAGAUGGUUUUGCCAGCGACCGUGUGA